AUGGUCGAUCGUAUGACCCGUAACCUCUGGCCAAGACCUGGCCAGCCACUUUAUGACGCAAGCGACGCAGCUAUGGGAUGCACAAAUGACUCUACUUGUCAAAGUGUAAUGGCUGUUAGCAGUUGUAACACUACAUUAGGUCUUUGUGAAGCAAUUCCUCCUACUAAUACGGCUCCUACAACGACUACACCAAAAACGAAUCCAAGCGAAAUGACAAACGAAAUUCGGAACAGAAUGCUUACUAUGCACAACUGGCGCAGAUCACAGCUUGCACUGGGAAAUAUUAGAAAUGGAAAGCAAGGAAAUCGCAAUCUUCCAACUGCACAGAAUAUGUUAAUGAUGAGAUAUGAUAUGUCCCUGGAGAAUGAAGCACAAGCAUACGCGAGCAGGUGCCCAACGAGCGGAUCUGCUGUCGCAACACGUCCAGCGUCUGGCGAAAAUUUUGCAUUAAUCUCCUCAUCAAGCUCAGCCCUUGACGCUGCUGUUCGGGUGGGUGGAGGUGUGAAAGGUGGAAGUGUUCAGAAUCUUUAA